AGAUAAAAAGAUUGACACUUGACAUACAGGUCAAAAUAUGGUCAAAGAUAUCAAUUGGCCAUUGUGCAUAUAAUAGUAGAACGGUACAAAAGUGGGAAAAUGGCAGAUCAAAGCACCGUUCAAAUAGAGACAAAGGAAAUUCGAAUGAAGAGGAGUAUUAACUUGCUACACUGUGUUGCUGUCUUGGUUGCUGUGACAGGACAUAUCUCUAUUUUUAUUUCACCAAGUGUAAUAUUUUCAACAGUGGGAUCUAUUGGAUUAACUGUUAUUGUGUGGGUAUUUGCUGGUUUGUUAAACAUUAGUGUUUGCCUUUGUUUUGUCGAGCUUGCUACUGUUUUUCCGUCUGCUGGUGGUCCCUAUGCUUAUGUCACAAAUGCUUUCGGUGGACUGUCGGGGUUUAUCAUCAUGUGGGGAUACACAAUUUUGAUUAUUGGACCAUUUUGGGCAUAUUUAUGUUACACUGCAUCUGUGUAUAUUUUGAAACCUUUUUUCCCUCUUGGUUGUGAGCCACCUGCUGUUGGUGUAAAAAUUCUUGGUGCUUGGAUAUUAACCACUCUUGUUGUUUUAAACUGUAUCUACAUGAAGUAUGUCACCAAGGUGCAGACAUUUCUCACAGCCAGCAAAGUUGUGUGCCUUAUUCUCAUAAUAACUCUGGGAGCUGUGGUACUUAGCAGAGGACAUGAAACGAAGAGCAACUUUGAAGACAUUUUUGAGAAUACCUCCACAGAACCAGGCUCUAUAGCGCUGGGCAUAUUUUAUUCUUUAUUUGUAUACGGUGGUUGGCAAAUCGUCUGUGGUUUGAUGGAAGAAGUUAAAGAUCCUUCAAGAGACAUUCCACGUGCUGUGUACAUUUCCUUCACAAUCGUCAUAGUUCAAUAUGUUCUCGUCAAUAUAUCAUAUUUUCUCGUUCUUACUCCAACACAAUUCUUAUCAUCGAAUGCUGUGGCACUCACAUUUACCCAAGUCCACUUUCCAUAUCUUUCUCCCGUCGUGUCGAUUUUGGUCGGGAUGUCGGCAGUCGGUGUCUUAAAUGCAUCCAUAAUGGGACAUUCAAGAGUCAUUUUCGCUGGUGCUAGAAAUGGCCAUAUGCCAUCCAUAUUUGGAAUGCUUCAUAUGCGAUAUUUAACGCCAUGGCCAGCUAUAUUUCUUAAGGCAACUUGGGGUGCUGUUAUGCUCUUCUCGGGUGGUAUUGAAAUAUUUAUGCAGUUUAUCCAGGCUUUUUCCUCUGUGAUGACGUUGUUUGUAGUUUCAGCAUUGCUUUAUCUUCGCUGGAAACAGCCAGAGCUUCUGAGACCAUACACGACGUCUUUAGUGAACGCCAUCUUUGUCUUACUGUAUCAGUCGUUGGUGCUACUGUUUGCGCUCUAUCAGGAGCCGGAGAGAAUUGGACUGGCGCUGGUCAUUAUAGCAGCAGGGGCUCCCGUGUACUGGCUCGGUGUUUCAUGGAAAUCUAAACCGGAUGCAUACAAACAGAUAAGCAAAAAAGUAACAAUUGCUGUUCAAAAGAGCUUACUUAUCAGCAAGACAUCAUGAACACUCUGUCAAACUGUGAAUUUUAAUCUUCUUUAGAAAGUGACACCCCUCCCCAACUAAAAUUCCGGUGUCCACUUUUGGUGCUUAAAUGUUUAGGGUAGUUUUAGGCUUUUAAUUUAUUGGCAAAAUGUUUAUGAAGUAUCUGAUCUUGAAUAUAAAAUGCAUACAUUUGCAUCUUAUUGUUCAGAAAAUGUCUGAUUAGCUGCGGUUGUUCACAAUUAACUCCAUCCUAAGCUUCAAGCAAAUGUAACCUUAUGCGUGCAUGAGCCUACCUUGCUGAACAGUUUACUGUUAUUUUUGACAUACUUAAGUGAUCAUUGUUCUUAAAAAGGAUUUUUAUAUACAUAUACUCUAUGACAUAAAUUGAAUAUCAAGUAUUUAUUUUAUAUGCAUCAAAGAAUUUUUUUUGUAAAGAGAAUGUUAUGAAAGUUCUUUCUUAGUACCAUGCUAUUUACUUUUCUUUAAUUUGGAAAGAAGUAAAUUUGUUAAGUGUUUGAUAUGAAAUAAAUUUAAGAAGGAUGAUAAUUUGUUAAUAAGUUUUAUUGUUUCCAGUUUCUUGUUACCUCAGUAUAUGUGUGGAAUAAAAGCUUCCUGAUCAAUUAGAAUAGGAAAACUUCUACCUACCUCCAUAUGUGAGCAUUAUAUUGCCAAUGUUAAUUUAUUUUUUUCUACUACAUGUAUUUCAAGGUAUUUAAAUGCAAUAUUAAUGAGUGCAUGGAAAUAAAAAGCAA